AUGCUCUCUUGCUACCAAACCCUCAAUCCAUUUCGCCUCAGCAGGGCCGUAACUGCGCCAAAUCUUUGGUUUCGCCUGUAUUACACUGCGACCGCCAAGGUCACUACUAUCAAUCCAGAGGGCGAACAGGUUUCCUAUGACACUGAAAUUAUGAUUGGUAAACCCGAUGAAAACUAUGUAUACAUCAAGCCUGAAGUUGGAAGGUCUAUUAGAUCCGCGAUUAUUCCUCAACUUGGAUCGGUUGAGUCAGCCGUUGCAGGCCAUCCUGAAACGCUUGCCCUCCAGUUUCAUCACGAUUCUCGUCAUUUCGCACACAAACUUGUUUCACUUCCUCGUAUAGAGAUCUCCCAGAACAUUGGUCAGUCUGAGGGUAAUCUUAGUCCUACCACGCUCUGGCUUUCUGGCUGCUGGCAUUAUGUCACGAUCAAUGGAACAUUCGAUGGUGAGUACAAUCAAGUACUCUUAUGGGUAGCUCUAAUGAACCGUCUUUGUGAAUAG